UAUAUUUUGCGGCCCUGCCACGGACGUGCUUGUGCAGCUGCGCCUAACUAAGUGAAGAAUCGUCUCUUGCUUUCUUCGUCUCGUUGCCAUCGUCUUCGUUCCUUACAUCCCUCCGCCACCACCGAAGCUGAGUUUGCAGAAUUCAAUUUCUUCUAUUGAUGGCUCCGUUGGCAGCAGCAUCUUCAGAUUCUAUAAAGCCUAGAGAUGUUUGCGUCGUUGGAGUUGCCCGUACACCGAUGGGUGGGUUUCUUGGUACUCUGUCAUCUUUAUCUGCCACCAAGCUAGGUUCUAUAGCUAUUGAAGCUGCACUUAAAAGGGCCAAUGUUGAUCCAUCACUUGUACAAGAAGUAUAUUUUGGGAAUGUUCUCAGUGCUAAUUUGGGGCAAGCUCCUGCUAGACAAGCUGCUCUAGGGGCAGGAAUACCGAAUUCAGUGAUCUGCACCACUGUGAACAAGGUUUGUGCAUCAGGGAUGAAAGCUACAAUGCUUGCAGCACAAAGUAUUCAGCUAGGAAUCAAUGAUGUUGUUGUAGCUGGUGGUAUGGAAAGCAUGUCUAAUGUACCAAAGUAUCUGGCAGAAGCAAGGAAAGGAUCCCGCCUUGGACAUGAUUCUCUGGUUGAUGGGAUGCUGAAAGAUGGCUUAUGGGAUGUCUAUAAUGACUGCGGCAUGGGCACAUGCGCUGAAUUAUGUGCAGAUAAACAUGAAAUUACUAGAGAUAAUCAGGAUAAUUAUGCAGUUCAGAGCUUUGAGCGUGCUAUUACUGCCCAAGAAAGUGGUGCUUUCACAUGGGAAAUUGUUCCAGUUGAGGUUUCCGGGGGCAGGGGAAGACCAUCCACUAUUGUUGAUAAGGAUGAGGGUCUGGGAAAGGUAAUCAUGCAAGUCAAACUCUUACCAGCUGCCAAGUUGCGAAAACUAAGGCCAAGUUUCAAGGAGAAUGGUGGUACAGUUACUGCUGGCAAUGCUUCCAGUAUAAGUGACGGUGCUGCUGCAUUGGUUUUGGUGAGUGGAGAGAAGGCACUAAAGCUUGGCCUUCAGGUUAUUGCAAAAAUAACUGGAUAUGCUGAUGCUGCUCAGGCACCAGAGUUCUUUACAACAGCUCCAGCUCUUGCCAUUCCUAAAGCUAUUUCCAAUGCUGGGUUGGAGGCCUCCCAAAUUGAUUUUUAUGAAAUUAAUGAAGCCUUCUCGGUUGUGGCAAUUGCAAAUCAGAAACUUCUUGGGCUUAACGGGGAAAAAGUAAAUGUGCAUGGCGGAGCUGUGUCUCUGGGUCAUCCUCUUGGCUGUAGCGGUGCUCGUAUUCUGGUGACUCUUUUGGGGGUACUGAGGCAGAAAAAUGGCAAAUAUGGCGUUGCUGGUGUUUGCAAUGGAGGUGGUGGGGCAUCUGCCCUUGUUGUGGAACUCCUGUAAGCCUUUUCCAAGUUUGGUGUUUGUCUUGCAUUUUAUAUAACUGCCUCUUAAAGCAGCGCAAUUUCAACUAGCUUUUCCUGCUUAUGGUAAGUUUGGGGUUUCAGAAUUUGAUCACAAGGAAGAAGAUAUAUUUGGUAGAUUUAUCCCCUUGGUAAUGUAUGGUGGAAUCUUGUUAACUUGCUAUUAGCACCAAUAGUGGAAGGGGAGGUUAGAUUUGGUGUUACAUCUUGUGAAAGUUUGAUUUCUAUUAGGAUCAAUAUAGUAUUUCUGUUUUAUCUGCAAUAUGUUGUCUUCAAUAAGUCAGUGGCGUGUCAAGCCUUAGGAUUUACUUCUCUCUCAGGCUUCAUGCCUGCAUUGCAAGAAUUAAUUUGCUACAUGGAGGGGUUUUAGAGCUACAAAGUUUGACUCUUGUGUCA